CAAUAUUCAAAAACAAAUAUCACCGUAGCGGAUUAUUCAAUCAUGCUAUCCUUCCUCUGCUUUUUUGCAUUCCAGGUGGUGCUUCUUGCCGCUUGGGUCUCUGGUACCUUAGAUCCAUACCAGAAGAAGCUCCAGGAAUUCUUGCUGGAUUGUAUGGGCGAAAAUAAAGUGUCUUAUGGACUUAAGAUGAGCCUCACAGGCAAAAAGCUCAUCGAACAUGAGAACUUCAGCAAGAUCCAAGAUCAACUAGGAAACCAACUCGGUGGCGUGUUUGGAAAGGGGGAGUCGGAGAGGGAAUUGGCUCUGUGAUGAGCAAGAGUCUUUAAUUAACUUGGAGAUGGAGAUGAAUGUGGAACGGGAUUCCAUGAAUUUGUAUUG